AUGAAAAGUUUAAACGUCAUCAGUAAUCACUUCACUGUCAGCGCACCUAUCGUCCAAGAAAACUUACUAGAAAAGUACAGAUCAAUGAGCAAUCUUGAUGUAAAGUUCCUAAACAAGUUAUACUAUGGUAAUCAUGAACUUGAGAUGAAAUAGCUUGAAAAGGUCCUCAUUGAAAAUCCACUUUUUAAGACAGAGACUUAAGAGGAAUUAUCAAGAUAGGACGAAAGAGAGGUUGGAAUUAAAAAGAUGAGAGUAAUUUUUGACGAAGGUAGGAGAAUCGUUGAACCAAGCACUCUUUAUAAUGAUCCUCAGAGAUUUUUGAUUUUCGGUCUCCCUACUCUUAUAUAUAAUCAAGCAAUAGCCACUAAAUUUUCUGUGAGCUUUAUUCUAUAUUUCAAAACCAUUGAUAACUUGGGGACUGAGAUACACUAGAAAUAUAAAGACAGACUGAUUGAGCAAUAGAGUGAUGUCGGUUGUUUCGCUUUAACUGAAUUAGGUCAUGGAUCCAAUGUCAGAUCAAUAAUGACAACUGCCCAUUAUGAUCCAAAGAAGGAAGAAUUUAUCAUUAAUACUCCAACUGACCUUGCCAUGAAAUUUUGGAUUGGUGGAGCCUCUUAAACAGCAACAAUAGCUGUAGUUUUUGCCUAACUAUAUAUUGAUGGUAAAUCAGAGGGUCCACAUGUAUUCUUAGUCCCUUUAAGAGACAAGAGAACUUUUGAAGUACUUCCUGGUUUGAUAAUAGGGGAUUGCGGCAAAAAGAAUGGUUAAGAUGGCAUCGAUAACGGAUUCAUCAUAUUUAAUAAUUACAGGAUCCCUAGAGAAAAUCUUCUGAAUAGAUUUUCAAAUGUGACUAAGGAAGGGAAGUUUGAAACCACCAUUCCAAAUAUUGACAAAAGAUUUGCAGUCUAAUUAGGCAGUUUAUCACAAGGAAGACUGAUGAUUAUAGGUUCAUCACCAAGACUUUUAGGAUAUGCUACAAAAAUUGCGCUUAGAUUUGCAGCUAUGAGAAGAUAGUUUGGAAAGCCUGACGAGAAAGAAGAAGUACCUUUGAUCGAAUAUCCACUUCAUCAGUACAGAUUAUUCCCAUUAGUAGCAUCAGUAAUAGCUUGUAAAAUUACUGGAACUAAAGUAUAUGAAAUGUGGUAAGACUGCUUGCCAGAAUUAUUUGAUCCUGAAAGUACCAAAGUUCCUGAAAUUCAUGCAAUUACAUCUUCAUUGAAAGCUAUCCACAGUUGGAUUGCAAUGAGAGGUAUUCAAGAAUGCAGGGAAGCUUGUGGAGGUCUUGGGUAUUCUUACUAUUCAAAGUUAGGUAUUUUAAGAAACAACUUUGAUAUCAAUCAGACUUGGGAAGGAGAUAAUAAUGUUUUGCUCUAAUAAACAGCAAAAUAUCUAAUUGAUAUCAUGCAAGCCUUAGUAAAAGGGAAAAAAGUUUAAACAUAAACAUGCCAUUGGAUAAAGAAGACUCCAGUAGAGGGAUAGUAAAAUGAGACUACAACUGAGGAGGAAUUCUUGAGAGGUGAAAAUUUAUAUGCAGUAUUUUAACAUAGAACUAAUUUAUUACUCCAAAAAAGUGGAAUGAAACUAGCUAUGGCAAUGGCGCAAGACAAAACAGCAAAUCCAAUAGAUCUCUGGAACAAUACCUAAGUCUUUCACCUUAAUGCUCUAUCUAAAUCCUUUGGAGAAUUAUUCAUUGUCUAGUAAUUCCAUACAUUUAUCAAAAAGCUUGAAAAUGAUGAGCUCAAGACUAACAAAGACACGAAGGAGGCUUUGAGUAAGCUAUUUUAACUUUUCUGUUUAAGCAAGAUUGAGGCAGACUUAGGAACAUUCAGAGAUGGUGAUUAUUUGACAAGUGAGCAUGGAGACUUUGUAAGAAAUUCCAUUCUUAGACUUUGCGGAGAACUUAAGAGACAUAUAAUACCUCUAGUAGAAACUUUCUACCCAAUUGAUGAAUUAAUGGAUUCAAUGAUCGCUCCAGGAAGCGGUGAUCUUUACGGCUCUAUUGUAAACAAAGUUUAUGGAGCUCCGAAGGUAUUCCAGAGAAUUCAAAAUUGGGAGGAUAUCUAUCUUAAAAAAUGA